AUGUCUGACAACCAGCCCGCAAGCAAUGGCGCCCAUCAAAUCCAACUCUUUCGUCCCGAGCUAAAACACCUUCCCUCAUCAAUCUCAUCGCUCCUCUCAUCCUAUUCCGGCAUCCCACCCGAACAGCAGAAAGAACACAUCACCUCCAUCCGGAAUCGUGCCUACAAAUCAUACCCAUAUCCUUGCCUGGGACGGUGGCGGUUCCUGGAUCUCGAUCUAGCCAGUCAUCCACUCUACCAAAGCGAUAUCCUUCCAAUGCUUAAGGAGGAAGCGACGGCCGAAGUCCCUGGCGUCGACAAGCCCGAUUGGAUCUUUCUCGACCUAGGAUGCUGUCUCGGCCAAGAUGUCAGGAAAUUACUCUUCGAUGGGGCAGACCCGGCAAGGAUCCAUGGUGCCGACCUGCGGCCCGAAUUCAUUGACAUGGGCUACGAGCUCUUCAAGGACGAGGCCACAUUUCCGAGGAUCGCACAUUUCAUCGCCCCAGCCGACGCCUUCGACUUCUCGACGGACAGCGAGCUGAGCAAGAAAUGUGACGGCAGGGUCCGAAUACUGCACUCAACCGCAGUGUUCCACCUGUUCAAUUGGGAUGAACAGGUGGCCAUGGCGAGACGGUGUCUCCAGCUAUUGACUUCGAAGUGCGGGAGAGCCCUAUUAUGUGGCGGCCAAGUAGGCAACGUCGGUGCAGGGGAGUUUGCGCGACGGAGGCAGGAAGGAACACGAUUCCGGCACAACGAGGAGAGCUGGAAAAGAAUGUGGGAGGAUGUUGUGCAUAUGGAUCGGGAAGGUCAUAACAUCAAAGCCCUCGAAGUGCAUUCUGUUAUGGAGGAGCGGAACAUGGAUCGAUUCAGGCAAGAUUUGGAGGCCUCCCAUCCACGGGAUGGUGGGAAAACCGCGGAGGGCAGCAACACGGAUCAGAGACAAAUAGGCAGCAUAGAAGAGGGAUUUCGGUGGAUGAAGUGGUGGGUUUGGAUUGACUUCGCGUAG